AUGGCAUCUUCAGUGGCACCGGGUUCUUCGCAGGCGAUACUCCUUCCGGUUACUGCAUUUGUCUCCGUCCUUCUCAGUAUCAUUCCUCUAGUCCUGCACUGCAAAAACCGAAAUGUUGCAGCGAGCAGCUUGAUCUUAUGGUAUAUCCUACUCAACAUCUUCAAUAUCAUCAACGCUCUGAUAUGGCCGACGGAUGACAUUGAUUCGUGGUGGGACGGCAGGGGACUCUGCGAUAUUGAGGUUAAAGUCAUGAUUGCCAGCUAUGUUGCUAUCCCCGGGACCUUGGUUUGCAUUUUUCGCACCCUGGCACAGGUUUUGGACACGAGUCGCGCAAACCUCGUUCCAACCCAGUCGCAACGUUGGUGGAAUCACGCAGUGGUCCUUUCGUUCUGUGCAAUCGCCCCGGUGGUUGCGAUGCUUACGCACUACGUCUAUCAGUCAAACAGGUACAUUCUGUAUGCUAUUGCUGGUUGCCUCAAUAACUAUGACCGGAGCUGGGUGACUCUCGUGCUCGCCUGGAUCUGGCCACUUAUCAUCUGCUUGAUUGCUGGUUACUAUUGCGUCAUCGUGCUACAUCGUCUGACCAAGUACCGAAACCAAUUUGGGGACAUCCUCCAGUCCGCCAAUAGUAACCUGACCAAGUCGCGGUUCAUGCGGCUGUUCCUGAUCGCCUUUAUUAUGUUGUGGGCUAUUAUCCCAGUUCAAACAUAUGUUGUCGCAUCGAAUAUUAUCGUCACUCAGCCAUGGCAUUCAUACUCGUGGAGUGUCGCUCACCCGCCUGACUGGAACGAGGUGAUCAAGGUUCCUGUGGAGGGCCAUGUCUUCUACGACCGUUGGAUCCCGGUGGCUUCGGGAUAUAUGUUCUUUAUCUUCUUCGGUAGUGGGAGGGAUGCAUUCGUGAUGUACCGUGCGAUCUUGGUUUUUCUAGGAUUUGGCAACUGCUUUACAUCUCUUCAGUCAUCCUCAGCAAACGGUUCCUCUGCGUCAGGAUCCCUGGGCAGCCGGGCAAAGCUUCUGUUCAAUAGAAGAUGGACAACCACUGCAAGGGCAUACUCUAACAAUUCUGCGGACGCAAGCCGAUCUCCUCAUGACUAUUAUGAUAUCGAAAAGGAUGCAGUGUCACCAGGCAAGCAAUCAAAAUGGAGGUCGCGAUACGGACUGCUUUGGUUUUUGCGAGGUCGGCCUUCCGCCUCCAGUCGGGAAACAGCGAUUCCUCUGCGCCAUAUGGCCGAGCAAACAACCACAAUUCGUACCAAUGCCUGGGCUGGAGUGAGUCAGAGUCGUGGAAGCAGUGAUCAUGGAGCCGCGCCACUUUCGGAGGAUCAAAUCCGGGUCAAGCAGGUAAUCAGACAGGAGAGCGAGCUGCAUUUGUAA